AUGGCCCAGCAUACAAACCCACAGGAUAGCGUGGAGACGCGCUGGAUGCAAAAGCAGACCCUAGAAGAGAGUUUCGAGAAGGCAUCUCUUUGUCUGGAACGAUCUAUUGAACUUGGAGAGCUUGACUCUUCCGGGCGGGCCUUAAAUCGCGUCAUCCUGGACGUUUUUCUCCAUCGACCUCUCCUUGCUCUUCUGCAACCCGUUGUUACUGCAGGCGUCCACAACGAACAUCGUUUAUUCCCCGAAAUUCAACAAACAUUCAUCAAAUCAUCACUUUCUAUUCUUUCAUAUCAGGACUACUUUGAUCCAAAUAUAUCCGGUCUUGAUUUAUUCAACUUCUCAGAGGCAUCCUGGGAAACUUUCCAAGCAUUGUUCCACCAAGACAUCCUGAGCGCUGCCCUGAAUGUCUGCAGAUAUAUGCGAUAUCUAAAUCAAGCAUCGUUGCAGCAAGGCCCGACCAAUUACGGAUCCACUUCGAUAACAUUAUCAGGUCAGCCGGUUAGUAGAGUCAGCCUCAUACGACUCGUCGAGAACACUCUGGAGACUUUGACACGUCGCAUUUCCGAAAGAGGGGCGAAUGUAAAGGAUAUUCUAUUGCUUGCUGUUGUACUUCAGUCAGCUCGCGGUCGUGGCACGACGACACAGCAAGAUCUACUCAUGUCACAAGGCGCCAGAAAGGCCCUAUCGUCCAGCAAACAAUAUUUACUUUCUAAGCAGUCAGAAGAAGCGAUUCAAUUUCCUGUUUCCGAUAUUGCACAAAUGGCUCAUUCCUCUUAUGUCCCAAUGGGACCGUCACCUCAGCCGCCAUCUGCAUCCAACUCUACGCAUCUUGCGGAUCUGUUUGAGCCAUCAUCCGCCCUUGCGGCCGAAUUCAAUAAUUUUGAGAGCGACCUAUUUGCGUUAGAUGAUGGAUCGUUUUUGUGGAAUUUAUGA